CCUCUGGGACCAUGAGUGUGGGUUUCAUUGGAGCUGGCCAACUGGCAUAUGCCUUGACUAAAGGCUUCACCUCAGCAGGCAUCCUGGCCUCCCACAAGAUAAUGGCCAACUCACCAGAUAUGGACCUGCCUACUGUCUCUGCACUCAGAAAGAUUGGUGUAAACCUGACCCCCAACAACAAGGAGACAGUACAGCAUAGUGAUGUACUUUUCUUGGCUGUGAAACCUCAUAUCAUUCCCUUCAUCCUGGAUGAGAUUAGAGCUGAUAUUAAGGAGAGGCACAUCGUGGUUUCCUGUGCAGCCGGUGUCACAAUUAGCUCCAUUGAGAAGAAACUGACAACUUUCCAGCCAGCCCCUAAAGUCAUCCGCUGCAUGACCAAUACCCCUGUGGUAGUUCAGGAGGGUGCCACAGUUUAUGCUAUAGGAACCCAUGCCCAGGUGAAGGAUGGGAAGCUUUUGGAACAGCUAAUGAGCAGUGUGGGUUUCUGCACUGAAGUGGAAGAGGACCUUAUCGAUGCUGUCACUGGUCUCAGCGGUAGCGGGCCUGCCUAUGCAUUUACAGCUUUGGAUGCAUUGGCAGAUGGUGGGGUGAAGAUGGGACUACCUCGGCGGCUGGCAGUCCAUCUGGGGGCCCAGGCUUUAUUGGAAGCUGCUAAGAUGCUCUUGGAAUCUGAACAGCACCCAGGACAGCUCAAGGACAAUGUUUGCUCCCCUGGAGGAGCCACCAUCUAUGUCUUGCACUUCUUAGAGAGUGGUGGCUUCCGCUCCCUCCUCAUCAAUGCUGUGGAGGCUUCCUGCAUCCGUACCUGAGAACUUCAGUCCAUGGCUGACAAAGAAAAGAUCUCUCCAGCUGCUAUCAAGAAAACUCUGCUGGAUAAAGUGAAGUUGGACUCUCCUACAGAAUCCACGAAGUCAUCCUCUAGUUUGAUUAAGCUGCUAGCUCAAAGCCAGGCCCCUGGAGGCAAGAAAGAUUGAGGUGUCCCCUCUCUUUCUCUUCCCUCCAAUUUCUGCUUCCAGACUACAUAGGGAGUGUUACAGCUAUGGAUCAAGUAUCAGGAAGCCCA